GAGAUAAGAAUCAUAAACCAAUCCACUAACCGGUCUUUGUCACCAGUUUCCACAAUUUUUCUCAUUCUUUAGGUUUCUUCUUCCUUUCUCUCUGGCCAAAGGUCCGAUCUUUGCUUCUCUGCGAGGAUAAUCAUGGACGCCGUGGCAGCGAAUUUGGUUCAAUCUUCCGUCUUACUACGUCAAUCGUCCGAAAGGUCGGUAGUUUUAACACCCAACUGUCCUGGCUUCAUGCGAUUCGUCGGCUCCGGACCUCAAUUUCGUCUCAGAAGCAACUCUUCUCUUAAAUUCUCGAGACCAUUGCAAAGCCGAACAAGUUAUGUUAACUCUCGGAGGAGUUUUGUGGUUAAAGCUUCAGCUUCAGCUUCUGGUGGUGAAUCUUCUACAGAUUCAAUCGCGCCACUUCAGUUGAAGUCUCCUGUUGGGCAGUUUCUGUCACAGAUACUAGUGAGCCAUCCUCAUCUUGUUCCAGCUGCUGUUGAACAGCAACUUGAACAGCUCCAAAUCGAUCGAGACGCUGAGGAACAGAUCAGAGAUGAUUCCUCUGUUCCUGGAACUGGAACUGACAUUGUUCUCUACAGGAGGAUUGCUGAGAUUAAGGAGAAAGAGAGGAAAAGGGCUUUGGAAGAGAUUUUAUAUGCUCUAGUGGUUCAGAAGUUCAUGGACGCUAAUGUUUCACUUGUACCAUCCAUAACCUCAUCAUCUGCUGAUCCUUCUGGUCGAGUUGAUACUUGGCCGACUCUAGAUGGGGAACUUGAGAGACUUCACUCCCCUGAAGUUUAUGAGAUGAUUCAGAAUCAUCUUUCCAUCAUCCUCAAAAACCGCACUGAUGAUCUGACAGGGGUUGCGCAGAUUAGCAAACUUGGAGUUGGACAGGUUUAUGCUGCUUCAGUGAUGUAUGGGUAUUUCCUGAAGCGGAUCGACCAAAGGUUUCAGCUCGAGAAGACGAUGAGGAUUCUUCCAGGUGGCUCAUAUGAAGGUGAGACUAGCAUUGAGCAAGCAGGCCGAGAAACAGAGAGAAGCUUCUAUGAAGAAGCAGAAGAAACCUAUCAGGCUGUAUCCUCAAACCAAGAGGUUGGUUCAUUUGUGGGAGGGAUCAAUGCAAGUGGUGGCUUUAGCAGCGAAAUGAAUCAAUCCCGGUUGAAGACAUACGUUAUGUCCUUUGACGGAGAAACCCUCCAAAGGUACGCUACAAUAAGAUCAAGAGAAGCGGUUGGGAUAAUUGAGAAGCAUACAGAGGCAUUAUUUGGGAGGCCAGAGAUAUUGAUAACGCCACAAGGCACAAUUGAUUCGUCCAAGGAUGAGCAUAUCAAGAUUAGCUUCAAGGGGUUGAGGAGGCUUGUGUUGGAGGCUGUGACGUUUGGGUCUUUCCUCUGGGACGUGGAGAGUCAUGUAGAUUCAAGGUAUCACUUCGUAUUGAACUGAAGCGGUCUAUGUGUUUGGACUUUUGGUGAGGAUGGAUAUGCCACAUUCUUUGAGAGAGUUUGGGGAUUUGUUCUUUGUAAUAUAUGCAACUGUGAACUGACCAGCUAAUAUUUGUUGCCCUAGAAAUUGAGUUUAUCAAUACCCAUUUUAUUGGUAAUGAUACAUUCGCGAUCAAUUUGUGUUA